CUUUCAUAUAUCAUCAUGUUGGCUCGUUCAGUGUUACGUCAAACAUCAAGAAUAACACCUUUGGCUUCAAGAGCCAUGGCUUCAAAAGCAUUCGUGAAAUACAAUUGGGAAGAUCCUCUUCAUCUCGAUAGACUCUUGACUGAAGAUGAAAUCUUUGUUCGCGAUGCAGCCAAAAGUUAUUGUCAGGAACGUCUUUUGCCUCGAGUGGUGAAUGCCUAUCGUAAUGAAUCGUUUGAUCGAGAGAUUAUGUCUGAAAUGGGUGAACUUGGCUUUUUAGGUUCAACCAUUGAGGGUUAUGGGUGUGCUGGCGUAUCCUCUGUUGCUUAUGGUUUGACAGCCCGUGAAGUAGAAAGUGUGGAUUCUGGUUAUCGAUCUGCCAUGUCUGUACAAUCGUCACUUGUCAUGCAUCCUAUCAAUGCUUAUGGUACAGAAGAACAAAAAGAAAAAUACCUUCCUGCUUUGGCCAAGGGUGAGAAGGUAGGUUGCUUUGGCUUAACAGAACCCAAUCAUGGCUCAGAUCCAAGCAGUAUGGAAACAACCGCCAAGAAAGUCAAUGGUCAUUAUGUCCUGAAUGGUUCCAAGACGUGGAUCACCAACUCACCUAUUGCAGAUGUCUUUGUUGUCUGGGCCAAGAAUCUGGAUGAAGGAGGCACGAUUCGUGGGUUUGUGCUUGAAAAAGGCAUGGCGGGUCUAGAAGCACCUGCCAUCAAAGGCAAGUUCUCAUUACGUGCUUCUAUCACGGGUAUGAUCAUGAUGGACAAUGUCGAAGUCCCUGUGGAGAACAUGCUGCCCAAGGCAAAAGGAUUAGGAGGCCCUUUUGGUUGUUUAAAUAAUGCUCGUUAUGGUAUUGCCUGGGGUGCAUUGGGUGCUGCUGAAGCAUGUCUAAGCCAAGCCCGUGCUUAUACUCUGGAUCGUAAACAGUUUGGUCGUCCCUUGGCUGCUAACCAACUGAUUCAAAAGAAAUUGGCAGAUGCUAAUACUGAAAUCGCCAUUGGUUUACAAGCCUGUGUUCAAGUAGGCAGACUCAAGGACAGUGGUGAGUUAGCUCCUGAAAUGAUUUCGAUGAUUAAGCGCAAUUCAUGUGGUAAAGCAUUGGCUAUUGCGCGUGAGUGUCGUGAUAUGUUGGGUGGUAAUGGUAUUUCAGAUGAAUAUCAUGUGAUUCGACAUGCAGCUAAUUUGGAAGCUGUCAAUACUUAUGAAGGCACGCAUGACAUUCAUGCUUUGAUUCUUGGUAAAGCCAUUACGGGUAUUCCUGCUUUUGCCAAUUAAUAAAUAAUAAUAAUAAUUUAUA